GUUUUUCCGGUUACAGUGAUGGAUAUAGCCUCGAUCAGAACCAGUUCGGGAAUCAAAGUCGUUUUACGAAUUAAAUGUCAUGAAAAUGUUUGAACGGUCUUGGUGAAUUAUUGGUGAGACUACAGCGCUCUCAUUAAGAGCUACAUUUAAUAAAUAAUUCGAAGUGAUGGCGGUUAAACUGGUUAUAUUCUUUGUGUCUGUUUGGCGCGGCUGUGCAUUAUCGCGCUCCAUGUGCUGUAAAGACAGUGUCUGCGUCUCAACGUGCAUACUAUGUGACAUUAGUAAUAUUCAGUACUAUUUAGGGUGGAUAGUAUGCACAUAUUGGGAUGUAUAGAGUGUUUUUAGCGACGUGCUGGGGAAAUGAUCGACUGGCAGAUCCUUAUCACACAAGCCUGAUCCUCUGAUUCAUGAAGCAGGACCGCUCGCACCCUGGAUAUUUCUGGAUAUAAACACUUAAGUCAUCUCUCACUCAUUUUCCUGUCGUCAUCAUCUUAAAGCACCUAAUGUUAACACCCAGCCAAAGGCACCUGUGGCAAAGGGUGUCAAAGCUGCAGGAAAGAAAAGGGAUGAGGAGGAAGCGACAGAUACAGCUGAAGGAGAAGAAUGGAUGCAGGGGAAGACUCUUGUGAAGCCUCCGGAUCAGCUGGACUUAACUGAGAAAGAGCUGAAUGAAGAGAUUACCAGAGUACUAACAGCAAACAAUCCAAAUGCUCCACAGAAUGUUGUCAGAUACAGUUUCAAAGAGGGCUGCUAUAAACCCAUCAUCUUUGUAGAUCAGAUGGCUAUUCACUUUGAACUAGAAGGGAAUCUUGUACACAAGGAAUCUGAUGAAGGUCGCAGAUUGUUGGCUAAACAAGCUGAAAGGGAAGAUGGCGCAGGAGACGAGAAGCUAGAAAAUAUGGCCAAAGCUGGAAAGAAAGCGCGGAAACUCACCAACCAGUUCAACUUCAACGAGAGAGCCUCUCAGACACUAAACAACCCCCCAAGAGAUAUAAGUUGUCAAACAGAGCCUCCUCCUCGUGCAAACUUCUCGGCUACAGCCAAUCAGUGGGAGAUCUAUGACUUUUACGUUGAGGAACUUAAGAGGCGGGAGAAAAGUAAAGAGAAGCAAGAAGGCCAGUUCCUAAAUAAGGAGGAGGACAAAAGCAAGAAGAAGAUGAUUCAAGCAGAGACUCAGAGUGAUGACAUAUCCCAACUAGCUCAUGCGGCCAAGAUCAUUGAGCGUAUGGUGAAUCAAAAUAUAUUUGAUGAGGUAGCACAAGAUUUCAUGUACUUUGAGGAUGCAGCUGAUGAAUUUCGAGGGGAGAAGGGCACUCUUCUCCCGCUGUGGAAAUUUCUGUAUGAUAAAGCCAAAGGUCUGUCUGUGACUGCCCUCUGCUGGAAUCCUAAAUACAAUGAUUUAUUUGCUGUUGGUCUUGGAUCAUAUGAAUUUACCCAAGAGGAGCGUGGCAUGCUUCUCUUUUACACCCUGAAGAACUCCAGUUACCCAGAAUUCAGCUUCAACACAGCCUCGGGUGUAAUGUGCGUAGACAUCCAUGAACAAAUGUCCUACCUGGUAGCGGUAGGUUUGCAUGAUGGCUGUGUUGCAGUGUACAACCUGAAGAAGAAGAGUGAUCAGCCCAUUUAUAACAGCACAGCCAGCUCCGGGAAACACAGAGGUGCUGUGAUGCAGGUGAAGUGGCAGAAAGAUGACUUGGACAGUAAUCACAACUUCAUUUCUGUGUCUGCUGAUGGACGAGUGGUGUCUUGGACUCUGGUAAAGCAUGAACUAGUCUUCACAGACAUGAUCAAACUUCCAGCCAUGGACAAAGUUCCUGAUGACCUUAAGGAUGUCAUUGCCACAGCUGGAACAUCUUUGGACUUUCAUAAACAAAAGGACUACCAUUUUCUUGUUGCCACUGAAGCUGGAAAGAUUCACAAGGGCUCCAAAUACUAUUCUAGCAAGUUUCUGGAGACGUAUGAUGCACACUUCAUGACUGUCAGUCGUGUGAGGUGGAAUCCCUUCCAUCCCAACGUCUUCAUCUCCUGCGGCUGGGACUGGAUGGUGAAAAUUUGGGAUCACACAAUUGAGUCUCCCAUUUUUACCUUUGAACUGAAAACUUCAGUGACAGAUGUGGCCUGGGCUCCAUACUCCUCCACUGUCUUUGCUGCUGUCACCACUGAUGGAAAGGUUCAUGUAUUUGACCUCAGCAUCAACAAAUAUGAGGCACUCUGCCAACAAAAAGUGGUGUCCAAGAAGACCAGGCUCUUGCACAUCGAAUUCAACCCUGUCCAUCCCAUCAUCAUCGUGGGCGAUGACCGCGGCCAUGUCAUCAGCCUCAAGCUCUCGCCCAACCUCCGCAAGAAGCCUAAAGAGAAGAAGGGUCAGGAGUUGCCGAAGGGACCGGAGGUGGAAAUAGCAAAGAUGGAGCAACUAUUGAGCUCGCUGAGAUAACCUGGCAAGAGUCAUUAGAACUGAGGCAAAAUUGUAGUGGGAAGUCCUAAAAGGCCCACUCCUCCACAGUUCAGCCGUGUAGAGAGGGGCACAGAACUGUGCACUAUGCAGUGAGUGUCUCUGAAGAGGGGUUCCUCCUCCACAACCACAUUUACACACAUACAGUUACAUGAAUAAUUCAUUCCCUUCACUUUAAAAACACUGGAAAUUAAGUAUUAUAUCAGAAUAGCAUGACGGUCAAAGUAAUACAAAUUCUGCCAUCAUUUA